AAAGGAUCCGGUUAAAAGUGUAACACUUCGACGUGGCUGAUGCACCUUUUCCUACCGCGUUGGAGCCUGCUGCUUUUUCGGAUUAUCCAGCCAACCACUAAUAAUAAUACUUACCUUCAGCAGGCUUUGCUGCUAUAAUUACUGUUUCCGAAGUUCUGUUCUUGACGUUUUGACUUUCUUCCCGCAUUGCCGGUCGUUAUGAAAGUGCCGGACAAAAAAAUAUCCGUUUGCGUCCAACUAUGCAUUACACAGCAUUCAGCAAGCAGCUGUUGGUACUGCUUGCAGUGCACUGGCAACAGUGUAAAGGUCAGACUGAGGACGAGACAACUAUCGAUCUGGACAUAGCGACAGCAGCCCCUGUGCAGCCGGACGAAGAUCCCGAGCAACGCCCACGUAGGCCACUGGAUCUGCAGGAAUAUGCACUAUGGACGGCUACCGGGGAAGUCAUAGACUUUGGCCAACCGGUCGAAAUCAGGCCUUUUGUGUACACGGAAGGUGACUGCUCAGCUGAAACAUGGGCAGUAGUGCAGAAAUGGGAAUCACUGGCCACAGCUAUUAGCGACGCUCUGAUGAGUGACACGAAUAGUUCUGUACCAGCUCCCACUCAAGAAUUUGUUACUGCUUUCUACCGACAACUUGAGCUACUGCGCACCGACCAAACGAAACCGUUGGAUAGCCUAAAGCAUAUGCUGGAAUAUUCGGAAUGCGACCGACUGAAGAAGUUUGCCAUAGCACUAUUCAUACCAGCAAUUAUGAUGCCAUUCUCGGGGAUUUCUUUGAUGUUCAUUCGCGUUCACCUUGGCUGGUGCGGUGCCAGUUAUCAGCCAUACAACGUCCUCCUUUAUCGUAUUGUUUGGAUAGGGCUAUGCGCCGGUUUAUUUCUCAUCGUGAUAAUUCUGAUCUCUUGUACCGCGCUGGCCUUCAUAGCCACUUCCGGUUUCGUGCAUGGUCUGAAGCAGUUUGAUAAAACGGCGGAGCAGUUUUUCGGGGAUAUCGAAGUGGCUGCGUGGAAUGUGAAGCAGGCUCUUUUGCAUUUAAGUGGUGUCGCGUUGGAUCGAACUGUCAGCACCAUCUUUGGGAAUUUCGACUGGAUGGAUGUACUGAUCAGUGACAGUGUCUGGCGAGGACUGCCUGAUUUCGUUCAAUCUGGCAUUGAGACACUUGGCUCACUGAUCAACGAAUCGGAUGCCAUCCGAGAUGGACUUUUUGAUCUGGACGAAAAGCUCCAUCAGAUUAAUGUUAACACCGAAAAGGCGGACAUAUUUCUGCGCAAACAACAGCAGAAUCUCUGGAACUUGAAAGAGACAUGUACCACGCCGUAUUUUUGCGAGCGAAUUGACCCGGCUGGCUUGGAGGUGGCACUUGAAACUGUCGUCCUUGACGUAUCCAGGGAAGCCAAUGCAACAGAAGCAAUUAUUCUUUCUGGGUUUCCAGCCUUGAUUCGACAAGCCUGCGAGCGUUUCAAUAAAACUGGCCAUAUUUUAGCGGCGAAAACAAAUCACAUUUUGCAAGAAUCUACGGAGAGCAUCAAAACGUGGAGCGGCCAAGUAUUCCGACUCCUGGACCCCUUGCUGAACGUAAGCAAACCCACUUUAGAGGAAGUAACCCGUUCCCGUGACAAGUUUCGCCAGCUGCCCUCAAAAAUUGGCGGAGUAUCUAUUUUUCUUGUUGAAUACGGACUGUAUAUUCUGCAACUGAUCUUAGCCGCGGUGGUGUGCUGGUGGGUCGUGGCGAAUACUUGCGGAAUUUGUUGCUACGAACCGAUCGUACUACCUUCAACGCGUUCUUUGUCUUCCGAUUGUGCUGGAUUGGUAUUAAUGGGCGUGAUGUACUGCUCAGCUUUUCUGUCGAGCUUAAUCCUAGUCAUUGGUGUCGGCGUGGUAGCAGGUGCCAGUAUUGCCCGCGCUGCAAUGUGUCCCCUCUUGGAGAAUGGGCGGUAUCCCUACCAAGAAACCGAUCAGCUUAUCGUAGGACUUCUUGAAGACAACAAUCCGGUUUCCGAUGUCCCACAACCUUUUAACAUAUCGAUUGCCUCAAACGAUUCCACUCCAGCCAGCACCGGCAUUAGCAUUGGCCGUAUCUUGGAGGAUUGCGCCAAGAAUUACAGCUUCCUGGAGAUUUUAAGUUUCCUGUCUCAGACUGGUUCGGAAGUGCAGGAUGUUGAUCACAGCUUGGAAUUUCGUAUUGUGCAGUUAUUUUCUGUUGCCGAUGAUUCCGAAAUUGUAAGCGUUAUGAAUCAAAUGCUGCCGUACAUAAGCUGGACGGAAACUCCUGCUGAGGACAUCACUGUGAGAACUACUGCAGAAACUACCGCAAGCACGACGGACGAUGUAGUACUUGAAUUUACGGCACCAGAAAGCAUCACAGUGGAGCCUGAACCGGUAACGACAAUUCCGACAUUCAAGUAUUUCCCGGAUGAACUGGUCAGCCUCUUGGCUGCCUAUCAAAGUAACCUUACGCACUUUAACCUGCAAGACCAAAGGACCCAGCUAGGCUUAUCAAUUACAAAAGUCCCUAUUUAUGAUUAUAUGAAGGAAUUAUCAAAAGUCAGGCAUGGUCUUAUAUCAAAACCGGGUGAACAGGAGGCUAUUGAUCGCAUUUUGACGGCACUGGAUCGUGAAUACCAGACUAGGUUGUUUCCUGCUCAUUCUACUCAAGUGCAGCUAAUGCAGGAGAUUGACGAUGUCGAAAGAAAAAUGACCGUUUACGAACGCACACCCAAACGAUUUUCCGAAAGCAAACAAGCUAUUGAGAACUAUGCCAAACAAAAUAUGUACCGUAAUACGUUAAAUCACACUAUGCAUUUUAUUAACCGGAUUCCUGGAUAUUUGGAGCAUUAUUCCACUUUUGUUGGGGAAAAAGUUAUGGCGAACCGCACUAGAGAAUGUGGACCUAUUCAAAAGGCCAUGGGGCAAUUCACCCGUCUCCUAUGUCACUGUAUAAUUGGUAAUAUGUUGCUUUUGGGCUUUACACUGGUUGCUGCUGGACUGACGUUUGCUCCCGCUUGUAUACUGGCCACGCUUCUGAGCCGGCAGUUAACAAUUCUACCUGAAAGUGACCACGCGGAUGACUAUUUCGAGAGAGGGAUCCCUGCGGAUUUUCGAAAAUGGCCAAGGAGAAAAACUUUCAUUUGAUUUAAAAAUCAUGUGGGCGUACGGAAUUUUACAAGUGUUACCCGUGUCGCGGUCGACCGAUACUGUCCGAUUUAUCGAUCAUUAAACCGGUGUUCUUGAUAGUUGAUACUUAUCCGACUUCGUAAAACUUUCGCUUUUCGUGGUUUUUGAUUUUUUGACUAUUUUAGCGGUCACUUGUUCGGUGGCGCACUAAUUUUAAAAGGUGGACUUUGGUCGGAUGCAAUUAAAGCUCGGCA